AAUGGUGAAAACGGAGCAGAUGAAAAGUGAAAGCAAGUGUUUAAAUUCCAACUAGCCAUCCGAAACGGCCUCACCAAUAUCUUCCAGACAGCUGCACUCAUGACCUCAUUUUGAUUAAACAAUAUCCUAGCUUCUUCCCUUUCCAUACUUUUUCUCCAGAUUCAUUGUUCUCAAGUCAAGCCAAUAUUUUCCGCCUUGUUUCUUGCUACAGUAGCUAGGCUUCUUCCUACUGCUACUGUAAACCCCAACUACGCUCAAGUCUGCUUGUGUCAAAAAAGCUUAGACGAAAAAUGGCUUCCCUGUUGAAAGAGCAACCUUCCAUGUCAACUCUUCUUGCUGCCUAUGCUUCCCUCUCAGCCAUGGCCAUGCUAAUCCGUACGAUUUUGAAUGAAAUGAUCCCAAAACCGGUGCAAAAGUAUAUCAAGUCAAAACUCUCUGACCUGAUAUCCAAUUACUUGUCCUCUAACUUCACCUUCAUCAUUGAGGAACGCUGGCAAGCUGUUUAUAAUGAAACAUUUCGGGCUAUUGAGGUCUACCUGCCUACCAGGAUCGGCCCUUCAACUGAUAAACUUCUUCUUGGCUCCAACGACCACAAUAACCCAACAGCGCCACCAAAACGAAACAUCCCUUCUGAUUGCAAGAUCAUCGAUGAAUUUGAGGGCAUCACCUUGGAGUGGACUCUGCAUGUACGAGAAUCGGAUAAGUACUAUAUCCCGGAUAAAAAAUGCUAUCACUUGACCUGCAAGAAAAGAGUUAGAGAAAUGGUUGAACAGAGGUAUUUUCCCCAUAUAGUAAAGAUGGCUCAAACAAUCUUGAGCAAGCGAGAAAAGCUCAACAUCUACACCUACAACCAAGAUCGUUGCAGGUGGGAAUCCGCAGUUUUCAAGCACCCGGCGAGAUUUGAGACUUUGGCUAUGGAGCCAGAGCUUAAGCAAUUCAUAAUGGAAGAUCUUGACUCAUUUGCAGCACGCAAGGAUUUCUUUAAAAACGUUGGCAGGGCUUGGAAACGUGGGUACCUUUUGUUUGGUCCUCCAGGGACAGGAAAAUCAUCACUGGUUGCGGCAAUUGCAAAUUAUAUGAGCUACAACGUAUAUGAUCUCCAGUUCCAAAGUGUUCGAAAUGACGCUGAUCUCAGGCGUAUACUCAUAUCCACCACAAACCGGUCUAUUCUGCUCAUUGAGGAUAUAGAUUGCAGCACAAAAAUUUCACAAGAUCAUGCCAAGGUUAAAGAUGACCGAGAGAAGGAAGGUGAAGAUGGGAAACUCGGUCGUACUUCCCCUGUUGACUCUGGGGCAACACUGUCAGGCCUAUUAAAUUUCAUUGAUGGUCUGUGGUCGAGCUGUGGGAAUGAAAGAAUCAUCAUCUUCACAACAAAUCACAAAGAGAAGUUAGACCCAGCUUUGUUGCGUCCAGGGCGCAUGGAUGUGCACAUUCCCAUGGGCUAUUGUACUCCUGCAGGAUUCAGAAAACUUGCAACUACUUAUCUUGGAAUUAAAGAUGACAAACUUUUUGGCUCCAUUGAUGAUCUGAUUAAGAAUAUUGAAGUUACUCCAGCUGAAGUGGCACAACAACUGAUGGUCAGAAGUGAUGACCCUAAAGCUGCACUCCAAUGUUUCACUGAAUUCCUUAACAUGAAAAAGGUUAAGGUUGGGGAAGAUGUCAUUCAAAAAGAGGAACCAAAGGAUGAAAAUGAAAAGGAUGAUGGAAAACAAAGCAGAAAGCAUGAUGAAAGUGAAUCUGGUUCAAUAUAUCUUACUUAGGUAUAUUAUGUAUUUUCAAACAACUGGUACUGUAGUCUAUUUUUCACCGAUCAAAUGAUGCCCAUCCAUGGAGGGUGGGGUUUACUUUUCCGAAGGAUAGAGUUUCACAUUAAAAAGUUUGGGUGUUUUCGUGAAUCUUGUCUCUGAUAGCAUUAGGCUUAUCCAAAUGAAUGGUUUUUACUUGUUUUGAUAAGAUGCACAAGGUAAAAAUGUCUUGUCCCAUACUCCCAACCAUGUUGUUUCCUAUGAGCAAAAAGUAUAGAGUUAUUUUGUUGCA